UGAAGAGUGCACAACAGGCAACACGACUGAAAGCAUGAGGAUUGCAGUGCUGAUGUCUCUCAUCAGGCCGACCGGGCCGAUUAUUGUGGGCAUCUCUCUGGGAUUCACCCUGAGCCUCCUGAGCGGCACCUGGGUGAGUAAGUCCUGCGACUCUGACGGGAUGGGAUCCGCCGACGAGAUGCUCAUGGCGCAACCUGGCAGUUUAAAGGGGGCCCGUAAACCUAGUUCGAUAUUCAGUGGUACCACUGACAACGGAAAUAUCGAAGAGGAUUUUAAGCCCAGAAUAGUACCUUACAAGAAGCCCGUACAACAGGGUCCUCCAAAAACAAUUUUCAGAGCCAAGUAUGCCAGCACAGAGCUUGGAAUUCGUGAGCAUCUCUUUGUUUCAGUAUUUACCUCCAAAACCACCCUGAACACUUUAGCUGUGGCCAUCAACCGGACCCUCAACCACCACAUGGAUGGCCGACUCAUCUUCUUCACAGGCACUCGCAAUCGCAAACUCCCACAUGGAAUGUUUGUGGUUGCCCAUGGUGACGAGCGUCCGGUCCCAAACAUGUUCCACUCUGUCAGAUAUCUUCUAGAACACCACAUCGCCGAGUAUGAUUGGUUCUACCUUGUUCAGGAUUUCACAUAUACCCAGCCCGAUAGGCUGAAGACCUUAGUAAGCCACCUGAGCAUGGACCUCAAGCUUUACAUGGGCCAUCCUGGAGAGUUCAUUGGAGGUGAAACUCAGGGGAGGUAUUGCCACGGUGGACCAGGAUUUCUACUGUCCCGUGCACUACUUCUAAAGCUCCAGCCUGUUUUAGAGCAAUGUAGGACUGACAUCGUAAGUGUCAGACCUGAUGAGUGGCUCGGUCGCUGUAUCAUUGAUUAUACUGGCCUCAGCUGUGUGGAGGAAUAUGAGGGGCUGAAUUAUAAUCAUUUUGCAAUGGAAAAUAAUAUAGACCUUCACAGAAUGGAGGACGAUGGAUUCCAGAAUGCUCUCACCGUUUAUCCUGUGACCAGUGCAGAUCUUAUGUACCGUCUGCACAAACAUUUCACGGAAGUAGAGCUGCAGAGGACUUACGAGGAGAUUGAGAAACUGCAGUCCGAGAUAAAGAAUGUCAGUGAAGUCGCAGUGGAUGGAAACAAGAGUGCUAUGUGGCCCAUUGGCAUUCAACCUCCCUUUGAACCCAAGAGCCGCUUUGAGGUAUUACGCUGGGACUACUUCACCGAAAAACAUCUGUUCUCCUGCUUGGAUGGCGCCCCCAAGUGUCAGCUCAGUGGUGCGGAUCGUGACGAUGUAGCUGAUGUCAUCAAGAUUGCGGUUGCAGAGCUUAACAAGAAAUACAGCCCUGUUGUAAAGCUAAGCGCUCCACAGCUGGUGAAUGGUUACAGGCGUUUUGACCAUACACGUGGGAUGGAGUACACCCUGGACUUGCAGUUCCAGGCCAUGACUGAGUCUGGACACCAGAAAUCUAUAGCCCGGCGUGUGCACCUUGUGCGACCCCUCAGCCAGGUAGAGAUUAUCCCCAUGCCUUACGUCACUGAGGGUACACGGGUACAAGUUCUCCUACCCCUCACCAGUUAUGAGUCCCAUAUAGCGCUGCGCUUCUUAGAUCACUUCUCCACUAAUCUGUUUGAGACUGGUGAGAAUGCAGUUCUUAACCUGCUGUUCACCUACGAACCUGCUGAGGCCCAGAAAGUGAGUACAAAUGACGUCUUUGCAGAGGUCAAGACAAAGGUUGCCGUUGUUGAGCGCAGAUAUCCCAGCGUAAAGGUGUCAUGGAUAGGCAUAAAGACAGAGAGUCCCGGUGUUCUGCGGAUCCUGGACAUUGUUUCUAGGAAGCAUCCCGUGGACACACUCUUUCUCCUAGUCACAUCAGACACCGUACUCAACUUGGAAUUCUUGAAUCGCUGCCGCAUGAAUGCCAUCAGUGGCUUGCAGGCUUUCUUUCCCAUCCACUUCCAAGAUUUUGAUCCCCGCGUAGCUUAUCCAGAACAGACGCCCCCGGCCUCACCAGACCUUGUCAGGGAGGCUGGUCAUUUUGACCGCUACACUUUUGAGGAAGCAUGCUUCUACAACUCAGACUACAUGACGUCACGCACAAGGAUGCCUGGGGAUCUGCAGGAGAAUGAGGAGUUGCUGGAUAGCUUGGACCUUUAUGAUGUGUUUUUGCAGUACUCGGGACUGCACGUCUUCCGUGCUGUUGAGCCUGCUUUGCGUCAGGCAUAUCGCAACCAUACUUGUGAUCCACGGCUAAAUGAGGAUGUGUUCCACCGAUGUCUCCAGAGCACUUUGGAGGGCCAGGGGUCACGUUCCCAGCUAGCCAUACUAAUAUUUGAACAAGGGCAAGGCAAUAGCACCUGAGGAGCUUCGCAAGUAUGAACAAUGGGGUACCUCUUAACCGUAGACUGUCUAAAUGCUAGCAGUAUUACUUCACUUCAACAUUUAACAAGCAGUUCUCUGGUAAAAGAAGACUGAUUAGCCAAGAGUUGCACUAUAUGGCCAAAAGUAUGUGGACACCCCAUUCUAAUUAACUAAUUUGGUUACUCCAUUCAAUCCAGUUAAGAUAAAUCGUAAUGUUUCUUUAUGUAAUGGCUUGGGCUUUGAGUGCUUCCAAAUUUGUGGCAACUGUUUGGGGAUAGUCCUUUUCGGCUCCCUGUAAACAAUGUCUUUUUACUGUGUCUUGCAUGGAAGAAAUUGACUGACCUGCACAAAGCCCAGACCCCACUGACCCCACUGAUCACUUUUGGGAUGAACGUUUGGAACAGCAACUGUAAGUCAGGCUCCAUCGACCAACAUCAGUUCCUGACCUCACUGAUAGCCUUGUGUCUGAAUGAGAGCAAAUCCCUGCAGCCAUGAUGCUACAUACAGUAUAGUGGAAAGCCUUCCCAAAAGAGUGGAAGCUGUUAUUACAGCAAAGGGGGAAAUUGAUGCCUAAGGUUGUGAAAUCAAAUGUUCACCAAGCACAUAUGGUGUCUACAGACAUUUGGAAAUAUAGUUAUGUUUGACCAUGAAGAGUGGGAGAUCUAAAGAAGUAUUCUGAGACCUUGAAGUGUCUAACGUCACAUCUAUUCAACGAGCAAUUGAUUCACUAAGUGUUAAUGCUCUAAAGAAAUCUAAUUUUCAUCUCUCUUCUCAUUUGUACUAUUUGGAGCAAUUGUUGAACUUUUGUAUUGCGGCAUCUGUGAUUUUGCUGCAUCCAAAGGAUGAAUUGCGUUUUGGGGAUGUACUCCUCAUUUGUAAAUGUAAUGUUGGAGUUUGUGGCGGAGCUUGGACAGAGAACUUGAAUCAAAACGUUCAGAAGUUAUAGUGAAAGGAUUUAUUUAGCAUGUUUUAUUGUGGCAGCAGUUAAGGGAAUAGAGGAUAAUGUCUGUAUACAAGAUAACUGGACAGUUCAGAAAGGGCGAAUGUAUAAAAGUAUUUCCAUAACUUCUUUUGCAUGAUUCCAGUUUUCUGAAUCCGCCCGUGUUAGAAAUGCAUUCCAGUCUUCCACCCACACCUCAUGUUCUGGUUAGCUGUGGCUGACUGUGGCAACCUAACUACUAUAAUGUCUAUGUACAAAUCAGUGCCUUUAAAUCUGCCCCUUCACAGUGAAAUUCAUCUCAGCUAUGCAACUAACCUAUAAAAUGAACAUAAAAACCCUGAUUUUCCCCUGUCUUGCACAUGAACCAAAGCAUGAAUAUUUAUAAUGUCAUAUGAUGUCACGUUUUGGUGGUUAGUUUGCUUUAUCUUUCUUCAUCAAAUCCUGUUUGUUAGCAGAAAGCCAGGUGUUGAGCUCUGUGGAUCUGAAACACUGUAAUGAGAUUAUAGAGUUUGAGAUGUUUGCUGUAUGCUCUAGGCUGCUGUUUACAGAAACGAGCUUUAGAGGCUCAAAUUCUAUUUUUGUUGAAAGUCUGUCAAUAUAUGUGAGGGCCAUUUUUAUCUAUAGUUAUUAUUAUUAUGCAUGGUCACAACCCAUUCACCACAACUUCUGUUAUACAUGCAAUGAAUUGUUUUAUCCAUGUGAUCCUUAGAUAAAAACAACUUUCAUUUACCAAAUACUUUGACUGUAUUUGUUUGUCUUGAAUUGCAUAAUUCAAUAUGACAACUCUACCCUUGAAAGUCCACCAUUAUGGAUCCACCAGUGACCAGACUGUGCUUCAGUUGUUGUUGUUGUUCGAGCAUGAUGCACAUUAGGUGGCACUAAAAGCAUCUAAAAAGUUAUUUUUUCCAACCUUGCAACAUUGUCCUUAUGAGCAAGGUUUAUCUGUGGAAAUUCGCAAAUACAUUAAUCAAGACAUGCAACAACAAAAAAAAUCUAUAUGUAUAAUUAGAUUAAUUAAUUAGAUUAAUGUAAUAGCAAAUUUCCAUUUAGAAACUAUGUAAUCUCGUGGCAGUUUAAGGGUUUUCUUUUUCAUGUCUGGUCCAUUGAGACUGAACUUCCUCAGUCAGAUUUGUGACAAGAUGGAAAUGAUGGUAAAGGAUAUUCAGUGAAUGUUUCUACAAUUGUCAGUUUUCCUUUUUCAAUGUUUCACUUUUAUAUGUUAAUAAAAA